AUGAACCGGCGGCUGCAAGACCACUUCCACCAUCAGCAGGCGUUUGAGCUGCCAGAGGCGAUAGAGGAUUACUUUGAUGAGCACCAGGCCCAGCACGGCGCCGCGUGCUGCCUGGCGUUCAACCGCCAUGGCACGCUGCUGGCAGCCGGGACCGAGAAUGGCCGCGUGGUGAUCUGGGAUUUUGAGACCCGAGGGGUCGCCAAAGUGCUCGGAUGGGCGGGCGCCGCCGCCUACGAAAAGGAACACGGCGACGCCGAUGGCGGCGCGGCGGCGGGGGCAACGGCCACGGCGGCGGCAGCUUCCGGGGCUGGCGUCACUGCGGUGGCGUGGUCGCGCAGCGGGCGGCGGCUGUUGGCUGGCGAUGCAGAGGGAAAGGUGGUGCUGUGGGACGUCGUGGCAGGCACCAAGCCGCGCGGCGUGAUCGCAGUAUUUGACGCGCAGUCUGGGCGCGUGGUUGACCUGGUCAAGGUCGGCGCGGCGGCGCGGGUGCUGUCGCUGACGCUGGACCGCAAGGGCAGCUUCCUGCUCGCCAACUGCCACGACAAAGUGAUACGGCUGCUGGAGGUGCGGCGGCCGGGGGAGGGCGCGGAGGGCGUCGCGCCGGAGGGGCUGGCGGCGGCGCUGGCGGCGGCGGAGGUGAGGGACUGCGCGCGGUGUGGGGAAGUGCGGUCGUUGCAGGACGGGCGGCUGUCUUGA